UCGUAUUGUCGUUGCGUAUAUUUUUACAUUUAUUUAAUCAUUUGGUAAUAGAUUUAAAUAAUCCAAAAACGUUUUGAAUUGUUAAGUGUACGGUGUAUCUUAUUUCAUUAAUUUAAGUUUAUAACAGUUCGUGUAAUUUUUAAUUAAAAUGGGUAGAAAGAAGAAGAAGGCCUCUAAACCUUGGUGCUGGUAUUGCAAUAGGGAAUUUGACGACGAAAAAAUUUUAAUACAACAUCAAAAAGCGAAACAUUUUAAAUGCCACAUAUGCCACAAAAAACUGUAUACGGGACCAGGGCUCUCGAUUCACUGCAUGCAGGUUCACAAAGAAGCUAUAGACAAAGUUCCAAAUUCAUUACCAAAUAGGUCAAAUAUAGAAAUUGAAAUCUAUGGUAUGGAAGGUAUACCCCCUGAAGAUAUAAAGGAGCAUGAAAGGCAGAAAACAGGUGGUGGCAAGGUGUCAGACAGUGAUGAUGAUGAACCAGCCGCUAAGAAGAAGGCAACAUCAGCACUGCUGGGUCCAGGACCAUCAAAUGUCACACAGGGGAUCUUACCGACCCCCAUGGGUCCUGUUCCGCCAGGAAUGUAUCCUGGUCACAUGGCUAUGAAUCAUAUGAUACCACAUUUUAUGCAAGCACCUAGAAUGAUGAUGCCUGGCAUGAGGCCGCUCUUCCCAGCUGUCAGUGUUCCUGUAUCCACACCUAGUAAACCUACCUUCCCUGCAUACAGCAAUGCCACAAUAAGCGCACCGCCAACCACAUCGACAAGCAGUAGCGAUCCCAAAGAGAACGGAGAUGUGAAACCACCACCGGCCAACUCCUGUCCGCUAGUCACAGCCACCGGAGCUGGUUCCAAGAUCAUCCAUCCCCCAGAAGACGUGUCCCUCGAGGAGAUCAGGGCGAGAAACAUGAAGUACCGGCCGCGACCUAAACCGGACCAGCCUAGUACCCCUGUCUCCGCUCCCACCAUGAUCACACCAAGCACCAGUCAGGCUGAGGUGCAGCACACCCUGCAGGUGGCGGCGCACAUGUCGGCGGCCGUGGCGGCGGCGCGCCAGCAGGCGCUGCGCCGGCCCGUGCUGCCCGCCGGCGUGCCCGUGCCCGGCAUGGGCGGCAUGGGCGGCAUGGGGGGCAUGGGCGGCAUGGUGGGCAUGCUCGGCCAGGUGCGCGUGCCCGUGCCCGUGUCGAUGCCGCUGCCCGUGCUGCCCGUCAUGCCGCAGUUCAACCUCGUGCGCCCGCUGCAGCCCGGGAUGCUGCUCCCGGGCGGGAUGAUGCCGAUGGGCGCCAUGUUCCCGGGCGGCGUGCCCGGCCUGCCCAUGAUGCAGCCGCGCUAUCGGUAGCUGAGGAGUUAGGCUAAACCACCGUCACUAGUCUCGCCCGCCGCUCAGGUAGGCGCUCCGCCGACGUGUCGCCGGUGGCCUUGGGGCUCUUUCGGUUCGCGCCCGGCUGUCUCUCGGCUCUCGCCAGCCGACUGACUGAUUACGUAACGUUGACGUCUUGUCGGAAGGUCCUCUAGAAGUUUCGACAAGAUUUUGGACGCUUUGAUUUUAUACUAAAUGAAUAAUAUAAUGCAAUAAGAUUUCUAUAAAUAGGUGAUGCGAAAUUGAUUGAUCGAUAAUUAUUUAAAUACGAGGGUAGAAUGGAAAAAGUCCCAACGGUUAGUGGCGCACGGAAUUCCGCUAGUGAUUCAGUCGGUGUGGUUAAGCGGGGCAAGGUAAGGCCGGCGCAGGAUGGGUACCCACUGGCAAGAGUAAGUGCGGCGCGCGGGACAGGUGACGAGAGUCGCCCGCUGCGAAAGCGCCGACAUUGAAACAGUCUUGUGGCGGCAUCUUGUGCGAUCCAAAUACAAGGAUGUUGUACAAAAACAUGUAAUACAGCUUGUAUUAUAAUAUUUGAAUAUAUAUAUUCCAAAGCAAAUAACAGUCGACUAAAACACUAACCUUUAAAAGUUAUAAGCCAAGUUAUUCUUAAAUAGUAAAUUGUAUUCGUCUACAUGUCCAUAGCCCUCAGUCGAAGUGAUUCUUUUUAUUUGGAACGCAUAUGAAUACCGUAGACUACACCGGGCACAGUUUGAGACGCUUGUACGUUUAUGUAAAAUAAUUGUAUGAUCUCGGGCAGCUGGGGGUGUGAGUCUGGGGUUCGCGCGCCAUUCGCCCGCGGUGGGAUUCUGUACAAUGUUUCAACUGUUUCGUAUGUCUGUGCGUUGUGUUACGGGUUGGGCCGGCAGUUCCCUGUGCGGCGACGCUACACUAACUAGGAAAUGUUUUUUUUUUUUCCAACAAUGAGGAUACUCGUUGAUCUCAGGACUUAAUUUUUCCAUCACAAAUAAACUACGUUUAUUUUAGUUUAAAUAGUGUAUAUAACGCUUUUUUGUAGUAAAUUUAGCCUUCGUAAAGUGAGGGUAGUCGUGUUUUUCAUGGCGCGACUGUGUUAGUGAAGCGACGCGACACAGGCGACUCGGACAAUGUCACAACUGUAGUUGUUGGAUUGGCGGCCCCCUGUCCCCUAGCUAUAAUUAUAUUAUAUUAUUGAUUAAUAAAGUAACCUCCCGCGCCAUGCUGACGGGCGUCGUAGUUAAACUUUAAUUUACGGUUAAGAAGUGUGUAAGAGUAACGGAAAUGUUAUUAAUUAAUGUUAUAUAUUUGCCUUAACGAUUUUUUUUCUUAAGAGUUUCCACAAGUUGUGACGUUUGCUCUACUCUUGUAGAAUUUUGACCGUUUUACUCAAUAAAAUGCUCUCAUGGAAA